AGUGUGUCCUGUAUUCUCCAAAAUACCCUCUCCCUAAAAGCUUCCCCAACACACUUUCUACAACCCGGAAACCGAAAUAAAAGCCCUGGAACCAGCUAAACAAAACGAGGGUUUUACAAUUUCCUGGCCAUUCUCAAUCCCCAAUUUUCUCAAAACCCAAUUUCUAUGGCGAUCGAAGACCUACCCAAUCCUAUUGCUUCUAAUCCAAGUCCAAACCCUAGAAACAACGACCUCCGCACUUCUCAAGCCAGCAAUUCCUGUAAUCGUGACAACGAAGACGUCACUCCCUCCCCAGUCGAUUCUCAAAAGAGACCGAAGGAAAUUAUACUCUCGGUUGCCUUAAAUAUUGCUUCCCAGCCUCUCCAGAACACUGAUCCUGAUGUUUGGGCUGUUCUUACUGCCAUUUCCGAUAAGGCCCGAAAGCGUCCUCAGGGAUCAAAUAUGAUUUUGACUUCUGACGAGCAUCAGAUUGGCCGGGUAGUAGAAGAUCGCCAUUUCAUAAUAUUAUCUACUCAAAUUAGUGCUCAACAUUGCAAAAUCUAUAGGAAAAAGAUUGCCGGUGAAGAUGCCGAGAAUCCAUCUAAACUCUGCACAUCCAUCUUCGUGAAAGAUAACAGUACAAAUGGGACUUAUAUCAAUUGGGAAAAGCUAACCAAACAAAGUCCUGAAAUGAAACUCCAUCACGGAGAUAUAAUAUCUUUUUCAGCACCUCCUCACCAUGAACUUGCAUAUGCUUUCGUGUUCCGAGAAUUAGAUAAACACACGUCCCCUAACGCUGGGUUGCUACUGAAGAGAAAAGCAGAGGAGCAUCGCUCUUGGCAUAAAAGGCAAAGAGGAAUUGGUCUUGGUGCUUCUGAAGGUCCUAUUUCUCUUGAUGAUUUUCGCUGUCUUCAAAGAUCGAAUACGGAGUUGCGGAAGCAAUUGGAGGAUAAUGUCAAAUCAAUAGAUGCCCUGCAGACUGAAGUUCGUGCAGCUGUUGAUCGUCAUGAAACAGAGAAAAAGGAACUGAGGGACUCUGUUUCGAAAUCGUAUACUGACCAACUUAAUAAGUUGAACCAUGUACUGGAGAGUAAACAGAAGGAACUGGCAGAGCUUAAUAAGAUAUCUGCUGAACAGAAACAUGCCAUGGAAGACCUUAACAUAAGACUUAGUGCUUCUAUGCAGUCAUGCAAUGAGGCAAAUGAAAUAAUAGACAGUCAGAAAGCAUCCAUAUUGGAACUUGAGACAUUGUUGGAUGAAGAGCGAGAAUUGAGAAGAGAGGAACGAGAAAAGGCUGAUAUGAACUUAAAAACCUCAAUUCAGAAAGUUCAGGCUGAAUCGCAGGAGGAAAUGAGACGACUAUCUGAUGCAGCCUCAAAACGAGAAAAAGAACAGAAGGAAUUGAUUCAUAAGCUUCAGGAAUCAGAGAAAGAAAGGAGUUCACUGGUGGUGAUUCUGAGAUCUAAACUGGACGAUACUAGGCAAAAGUUGGUCAAUUCAGAAAAUAAAAUUAGGCAGCAAGAUAUUCAAAUUUGUGAAGAGCAACGCACUUCUGCUAGUUGUAAAAAAACAAUAGAGGAACUUGAGCAGGGCAUGAGAAAGUUGAGGAAAGAACUUGAGGACGAAAAGGCAGCUCGAGAAGAAGCUUGGGCUAAGGUGUCUGCGCUUGAACUUGAGAUGAGCGCUGCCAUGCGGGAUCUUGAUUUUGAGAGACGUAAACUAAAAGCUGCCAGGGAAAGAAUUAUGCUUCGAGAAACACAGCUUCGGUCUUUUUAUUCCACAACUGAGGAGAUCUCAAUUCUGUUCGCAAAGCAGCAGGAACAGUUAAAGACAAUGCAAAGGACAUUAGAGGACGAGGAACAGUAUGAUAACAUAUCACUUGAUCUUGAGACCAAUGUAGAUAAUGGAAAUUUACAUGAAUCAGUACUCCGAGGAAAGGAAGUACCGGGGCAUCACAACAAUAUCACUGCACAAGCAAACUCUGGGUCUGGGCAGAGAUGUCGCAGAGAUCAAGUCGACAUAUCAAGUGAUGAAGCUAGUGUGACAGAGAAGCAUGAUUGUGAUAACAGAGGUCAUGGAAGUGACCAGGACACUCAGGAGGCUGAAUUUACAAGUGCAGGUCAUGUUGGGAAAGGUGGCUUUGGUUCGGAUAUCGACGGAGUUGGCACAGCACCGAUAAUAGAGGGAGAUACUGUUGGGACUGAGAGAGUGUUUGAGACAGAAAGCGGUGCAAAUGAUGGUGAUAAACACCUUGAUCUAAACAAGUUGGCUGGGGAGACUAUGCAAAUUGAUGAUGACACUCUUGGCCAAGAAGCUGAGCGCCACGUGAUAGGCGGGGAGAUUUCCCAUCAGUCUGCAUCAAAUAACCUCCUUGAGGCUGGGAACACAAUAGAAGAUACAGAACGCACAUUUAGAACAACUGACCUUUUAGCUUCAGAAGUUGCUGGGAGCUGGGCUUACAACACAGGUCCUUCAAUCCAUGGGGAGAAUGAUUCUCCAAGAAGCAAAGGCUGUGAUGAAGCUGCAGAAGCACUAAUUGUCCUCCAUGACUCAGAACCAGCGGCUGAGAGUCAGAUAGUCCCAUCCUCUGAAGCAGCUACAAUCCAACGGAAUCAUGAGCAUCAAGCAUUAAGCACAAUGAUUGGAAUUGUUGCCCCUGAUUUAAAGGAUCAUUUCGGUGGUGUGGGCAAUAAUUGUGAUAAAGAGGGGUCCGAAAAGGGUGUAGCUUCUAACUCGGAUACUGAGGAUUGUACUGAUAAUGAGGAAGUUAAUGCUAUGGAUACUGAAGGGGUCGUUGCAUCAGAUGCAGAAACAGAGGGUAGUGAUGGAGCAGAAGAGGCAUUCGUUGAAGUUGAUGAAGAAACAGAACCAGAUUCAGUUGGAUAGUAUCAUGCUGGUAUUGCUAUAUCGGCAGAUUAGCUAGUUGAUAGGGUACAUAAGACUUGUAAAUAGAAGAUGCUUCUCUCAUGGAGCUGAUGAUGCCUUCGAACCCGGUUGGCGUCUAGAUCAUUGCCCUCUUGUGUGAUUACACUAAGAUGGCCCAUAGGAUUUUUUGUCAAACGUUUAGAGUAAUAGUUUUUAAAUUACAAAGAAUGAGGUAGUAGGCCUGGUGACACUCAGUUCUUGUGCCUAGCUCUUUAUGUUUAUAUGAUUUUUGAACAUUUUAUGAGAUUUUUCCCCAAUUUUAGGGAUUCUUAUUUA